AUGCUGGGGAGCCUCUGCACUCUCAUCACUGCUCUAACAUGUAAGGAGGCUGACUUCCUGCAGCUUUCAGCUCAUGUUGGAUUCAUCAGUCUGUGUGUUUCUCUUGACUACAUGUCAUUUUGUUGUUUCCAGGUGUGAGUGCUGUUACCGUGGUGACACAGAAGCCUCCUAUUGUAGCUGUGAGGAGAGGAGAGACAGCCAACAUGGACUGUAACCUGGGGACUGUGACAAAUAGUCAUGUCCGCUGGUACAAACAGAUUCCUGGAGGAGUUCCUCAGUAUGUUAUGAGUUGGUAUCACGGCUGGAGCUCUCCAAAUUAUGGCUCUGGUUUCUCCUCUCCUAAAUUCACCUCCACUCAUCAGUCAAAAUCAGAUUAUCGUUUGAUCAUCAGCUCUGUGGAGGAGGGAGACUCUGCAGUUUAUUACUGUCAAACAUGGGACAGCUCUGUCAGUGAGGCCGUAUCACAGUGA